AUGGCUGGUCAGGAUGAGGCCCCACUGCCACCAAAAGCGGAAGUCACCAAGCCGACCGAAAUUGGGCACUCUGACCACAGAAACAACGAUCGACCCCGAAUUCUGAAUCUCAAUGAGCUUGUCCCAGAACUACAAGCCAGCAUUGUCAAACAUGUGAGUUCAUUGCUCGUGAGUCCUCACAUGACACANAGUACUGACCGGCCUGAGAUCUCUCGACCAUCAGACCUCAAAGCACUCUGCCGCACAUCGAAGCGACUUUACGAUGUCGCUGUCAAGGAGCUCUACCAUACUGUGAGCCUCGAGAUUGGUAAACGAUCAGAUUUGAGGUUAAGCGCUAUGCUGCAUCCUGGAAAUGCCGGAUUAAAGCAAAUCAGAAUCCUCAAUAUCCAUUUCACUCCCCAGCACGCCGACCUUUCCGAAGCCGAUAACUCACGUCUCCAAACCGUCGUCCGCAUGCUCAUCGACUUCUUGCCCGAGAACGUUCUUGAAGACUUUGAGUGGUCUCCGUGGCUUGCCUUUGAUCAAGAAACUUUCCUCAUCCUCCUUGAUCGCCAGAAGCGACUGCAGUGGCUUACUGCCUUCAGACUCGAUGGAGUAGACGCUGUUGAGAAGCUUGAGGCCAAGUCAAGUGAGCACGCGGAUCUCUACAACAACUGUAAAAAGCUUGCCAUCUAUCCCGAUUCUCUGCCAACUCUAGAACUCGGCCAGUUUAUACUCUCCAAGAUGUCGACUUUGACAGAAUUAAUCGUGCACACCAACUUCGCCCACGGUCCCAUUCAUUAUACCACAAGAGAGCUCAACGACAGCCCUACAGGACCGGGACUGGUAAACAGGACCAUGUUUCGUCAUCUCCUUCCGUUCGACAAGAUUGCUAAUCCACCNUUUGCCCAUCUCCGCUCUCUACGUCUGGUAGACGUUGGUCUCCGACACUGCGCAGAAACAUAUGGCCGCUUCAUCAACUUCACGCAAAUCGAAGCAUUGCGGAUCGCCAAAUGCUCCGGAGCAGAUGCAUUGCUGUCGCUGCUCUGUAAGAGUGCCUAUCUCCCUCGCAAGCUACGCUGCCUGGAGAUUCAACACAACGACAAUUCGGACAACGACGCUCUAACAGCCGUUGACGACUUCUUGUGUCUUGUUGAGGGAAUUGAGGACCUAUACAUCGAUCUGACAAGCGUGAAAUCUAUGCCAAAUGUAGACGGAAUCAUCAAACAUGGCAAAACGCUAGACGUACUUCUCGUACACGCCUCAGAAAACAUGAUCGAUGAGCUCGUCUGGGCGAGCGACGAUUUCCAGCGUCUCUGUUCGAGUGUGACCAAAUUACGUCAAAUCAGCUGCGCUUGGCCUGCUUCAAGUAUCCUGAGGACUAACAGCCCCUCUUGGGAUACGUACCAGUUUAGCAUCCGUUCGCUACCUCGUCUUGUCACUUUGCACAUAAGCACAUUCCCUACGAGCUCACCUCUUAAAGCCAAUUUGGAGAAAUCCUUGUAUUCCGAGAUGCUUCGAUGGCAGUCUAGCCAACUAUUCUCCUACGCCCCCUUCACGACUUCCUGCCUCAAUCUCGUCGCAUUUGGUGUCUCGGACAAGAUCCCUAGCCGUCAAGACAGCAAUAAUCAGCUCAUCUUCCUCCGCUCAACUCUGCUCAAUGCCGAUGGCAGAGAAGAAGCAACAGCAGUGCCAGUUAGCUGGACCCCAAGACAGUAUAUCGAGCCCAGAAGUGAUGUUCUGGACUAUGAGCUGAGCAGACGACCAAAGAUGCCGAUCAGAGAUUACGCAAGCUACAUGGAUGAGGAAGAGGAUGACGACAUGGUAUGA